GAGCUUGCUCAGACUAGAAACCAAGACAAACCUAAGAUAUUCAUUGAUUGGGCAGAGUCUCUUGUUUUAAAUGUUCUGGAAUGUGUGUUGAAUUCAUCUAUGCCCAAAGUGUCUGGAAGCGAGCAUUAGUCUAUGAGCAAAUUCUCUUUUGGUAACAAGUCUGUCUCAUUUCAUUCUGCUAUCGCCAAUGGUGUUUUUGCUAAAUCUGAUGGUAUUCCAGAGGUUGCUAUAUCUGAUGCUAUUCCGGAGGUUGCUAAAUCUGAUGUUGCCCCAGAGGUUCCUACGUUUGAUGCUAUUCCAGAGGUUGCUACAUCUGAUGGUAUUCCAGAGGCUGUUGUACAGCAAGAGAGUCGUCCUGCGGUCACUCCAGAUGUCGUUACUCCCAUUGUCCCUCUUGUUGUUAUCUUUGGUGGUUUAGAUAAUCCAGUUGUUCUAUCUAGCUCUUCAACACCUGCUAAAGUGCAUAAUGGGGCUGUUGCAAAAGAAGGUCCUGUUCCAGUAUGCGCCUUGUUUUCUGAAGUUAAAACAAAAGAUUCAAUUGCUGCAGUUCCUGCCAAAGGUAUUUCUCCUUCAAAGUCUAAAUGUGAUAUCACUGAUGUCGAUUCUUUCGUGUUGCUUUCAGAUGGCCCUGCUAAGGAUUGUAAUGAGAAAGAUGCUGCUAACGCUUUUGGGAUUCCUUCCUUUGCCGAGCUUAAUCGUGCUCUUGGUAUUCAGUCUCCUUCUAAUGUCUGCAAUUACACCCCAGUUCAUGCUCAUGGAAAAUCUCCUAUGGAAGAUACGAAUUCUUUUAGAGACCUGUCACCCCUUGUUCCAAUUCGCUUGUCGCAGUAUUUCCGUAAUGAGUUGGGUGAUGUCCAGUGUUCUCAGUAUGUUGCCUACAGAUAUCUGAAGUCGUUUAAUUCACCUAAUGAUGAGGAUUGUAUUGUUAUGGUUAAUGUCGAUCACUCUGAUUAUUCAAAGCCAACCAAUCAUGUGAACUUAUGUUCUCCUGAUGUAAUCUUGCAAACUACUCCAAAAGCUGUUGUGAAGCUCAAUGAGGCAGUAGUUGAUGUCCAUAAAGUUGGUAGCUCAAACUUUGCAGCUAGGUGUCAAGAGCUAUCUAGAUCAAAUGAUGUUACUUACAACAAGCUGCACAGUUUUGCUGCCCCUGCAACAAGUUAUCGUAAUCCUAUAAAGGUUGCUAAUAGCCCGGAAUUAGAGAUCCUGUCAGACACGCCUGUUGUUUCUAGUGCUCAUCUUCUAAGGUUCCUGCAUGUUCGAAAGGUGCUCCAUCAUUUCAGCCCCUUGGUGGUUCUACAACUAGUUCUUCUGCAGCUCAUGUCCCUCGUAGAAUUGUUGUCCCUGGUAGAUUCAACUUAGAUCCUUAUGUUCCUCAAGUGAAUCGUUAUUCAGUUACUGCUCAAGAAUGGCGUAAUCAUCUUGCAAUGGUUCAGAUUGCAAGUCAUCCAGAGUGGUGCAAGUACGAGGCUAUCCGACAUGAAAGAGCUUACUGUAGUUAUCGUAAUCUUUCUUCACUACAGUUCAAAUCUCGCGUAAACAAUUUCUUGAUCUUGUGUGUGUGUCGAUAUCUAUUCAAUGAAGCUCACCCUUCCGUUUCUAAGAAACAUUUCUUCUUCUCUUACAUUGGUG